AUGGCGUUGCGGCGGAAGCUACGAUUAGCGCAUAGCGCCAAGGCCAUCAACCACGGACGUCCAGACAUGGCAGCCGCCUCGCAAGAAGCUCCAUUCGACAUACCAGCAGCCAUUGAACGCCGCAACUAUGCUGCCACUCCGCUGCGCUCGGUCGCCAGUGGCGCUGUCGGCGCAAAUGCCCUUGAAGCGACUGGAAAGCCGAUUCUGACUGUCUCCGGUGGACGAUCCUCGCUCGGAGGAUAUACCGCGACUGUUUUCGGAGCCACUGGAUUCCUAGGACGAUACAUUGUGAACCGAUUGGCCCGUUCAGGAUGUACAGUGGUAGUCCCCUUCCGCGAGGAAAUGGCAAAGCGUCACUUGAAGGUCGCCGGAGACUUGGGCAGAGUCAUCUUCGUCGAGAUGGACCUCCGAAACACUGCGUCCAUCGAAGAGAGCGUGCGACACUCUGACAUUGUCUACAACCUCAUUGGUCGCGACUACCCCACCAAGAACUUUGACCUCGACGACGUACACGUCCACGGCACAGAGCGCAUCGUGGAUGCUGUCGCCAAGUACGACAUUGACAGAUUUGUCCAUGUCUCGUCUCACAGCGCACGCUUGGAUUCACCAUCCGAGUUCUACCGCACCAAGGCUCAGGGUGAGCAAGUAGCACGCUCCAUCUACCCAGAGACCACCAUUGUUCGCCCUGCGCCCAUGUUUGGUUUCGAGGACCGUCUUCUCCACCGUCUCGCUUCCCCCUCAAACAUCAUCACCUCGAACAACCUGGAAGAGCGCAUCCGCCCCGUCCAUGUCAUCGAUGUCGGCAUGGCUCUUGAGAAGAUGCUGCAUGAUGACACCACUGCCGCUGAGACUUACGAACUCUACGGCCCGACAGAGUACUCGAUGGCUGAGAUCAACGAGCUCGUUGAGAAGGAGGCCAUGAAGCCGCGUCGCCAUGUCAACAUUCCCAAGCGCCUCCUGAAGCCUGUCGCACACUAUGCCAACAAGCUUCUCUGGUGGCCCAUCCACUCUGCUGAUGAGGUCGAGCGCGAGUUCAUUGACCAGAUCAUUGACAAGGAUGCAAAGACUUUCAAGGACCUGGACAUUGACCCUGUCGAGUUGAAGAGCUUGACCUUUGAGUACCUCAAGGGUUACCGAAGCUCAAGUUACUAUGAUUUACCACCCAUGAGCGAGAAGGAGAAGAGGGAAGAGAAGAAGUAUCUGCACGUUCUUGACGAUCAGUAG